CCCCAUUAGCCUGUUGCUCUAACAGAGAGCCCGGCGCUGCUCCGGCUCCAGCCUUCAGCCCCUGCCCCAGGGAAAGCUGUGGGGAAAGCUCCGAGUGUCCCGAGGGCGCGGGGCGCUCUCCGGCCGCCGGAGGACGCGGGGAGCGCACGGGGCUCUCCGUCAGCCGGGUCCCGCCGGGCCGCCCGCGCUGCCGAGAGUGCUCCGGGAGCAGCGCGGUGCGGGCGGGAUGCGCUUCUUCUCUCUGUAAAACUCCUUUUGAAAACGCGACUUGGAGCCGGAGAGCUCCCUUUGCGCGCGGGCAGGCGCCCAGCUGUCCGUGCGUGGCGCUUCGGCAGUGAAAGAGCAGCGCCCGUGGCAGCUGAGCGACCGAGCUCUGCCCACCCCGGCUACCGACGGCGCCGUCGGUGCGUGACCCGGGUGCUGCGUGGCCGCCGCGGCACCGGGGCACACACGUGGGAGCAGGCGGUGGGGAGCGUCCCGCGUGGCGCGGCUUCCGUGGCACAUGGCACGGGGCAGAAAGCAGGGCUGGAGGCUGAAGGCGCGAUUAGCUCCGUGUGCUUGAAAGGGUGUGUGCUCAGCAGCCCGCGUUUGAGGUGUCUGCGUCUUUGCUGCAGCUUAAUUUAAAACGUGGUCUCUCGAAAACAGGAAAACAGGAUAAACAGUGCCUGGGAAUUAGGGUGGAUUAGUGGAUUGCCUUAUUACAAAAUGACUUUAUUUGAAUGCCUUAGUCAUCCCGUUACAUCCCAUAACGCCGUGCCAUCAGAUAGAGCACAGUUGUUCGUCUCAUAACAUAAUGCUUUUUCUGCUCGAGCGCUGUGGGUUUCAUCUCUGCUGAAGUGUCAGAAGUGCUGUUCUGUCACAGAAGUUGGAAAUAAAAUGUUUCCCGGCAGUAAGGCAGCUCUGGCUGCAAAGCUCUCCUGGUUUGCUGGGAGAGAAGGGCUGUUUGUGAGAGUGGUGAGAGCCCUUUUCACCUGUGGAUAGCCUCUGGGGAAAUCCCUUAGUCAUGAAGGAGCAUAUACAGCAGCGAUGACGAUGAAGAAGAUGUUGAGAUGUAUGACCAUGAUUACGACGGCCUGCUUCCUAAGGCUGGGAAACGUCACCUAGGGAAAACCAGGUGGACCCGCGAAGAGGAUGAGAAACUGAAGAAACUUGUGGAGCAGAAUGGCACAGAAGACUGGAAAGUCAUUGCCAAUUUCCUUCCUAAUCGGACAGAUGUUCAGUGCCAGCACCGGUGGCAGAAAGUAUUAAACCCAGAACUCAUCAAAGGUCCAUGGACUAAAGAGGAGGAUCAAAGGGUAAUAGAACUCGUGCAGAAGUACGGUCCAAAGCGCUGGUCAGUCAUUGCUAAGCAUUUGAAGGGAAGGAUUGGAAAACAGUGCAGGGAGAGGUGGCACAACCAUCUGAAUCCAGAAGUGAAGAAAACCUCCUGGACAGAAGAAGAAGAUAGAAUUAUUUACCAGGCACACAAGAGACUGGGAAACAGAUGGGCAGAAAUUGCAAAGUUGCUGCCUGGACGGACUGAUAACGCUAUCAAGAACCACUGGAAUUCCACCAUGCGCCGGAAGGUCGAGCAGGAGGGCUACCUGCAGGAGUCCUCCAAAGCCAGUCUGCCCUCAGCAGCCACCGGCUUCCAGAAGAGCAGCCACCUGAUGGCCUUUGCCCACAACCCGCCUGCGGGCCCACUCCCAGGGGCCGGCCAGGCCCCGCUGGGCAGCGACUACCCCUACUACCACAUCUCUGAGCCACAAAACGUCCCUGGUCAGAUCCCAUAUCCAGUAGCACUGCAUGUAAAUAUUGUCAAUGUUCCUCAGCCAGCUGCUGCAGCUAUUCAGAGACACUAUAAUGAUGAAGACCCUGAGAAAGAAAAACGAAUAAAGGAAUUAGAGUUGCUACUAAUGUCGACUGAGAAUGAACUGAAAGGGCAGCAGGCAUUACCAACACAGAACCACACAGCAAACUACCCCGGCUGGCACAGCACCACAGUUGCUGACAAUACCAGGACCAGUGGUGACAAUGCACCUGUUUCCUGUUUGGGGGAACAUCACCACUGUACUCCAUCUCCGCCAGUGGAUCAUGGUUGCUUACCUGAGGAAAGUGCAUCCCCUGCACGGUGCAUGAUUGUUCACCAGAGCAACAUCCUGGAUAAUGUUAAGAAUCUCUUAGAAUUUGCAGAAACACUCCAGUUAAUAGACUCCGAUCCUUCAUCGUGGGGUGAUCUCAGCAGAUUUGAAUUCUUUGAAGACGCAGACAUUCCAGCUAGCAAAGCUCCCUCAGGCAGAGCCGUGCAGCUGCAGCACAGAGGGGCCAGUGCUUGUAGAUCUCUGGGACGCCCCAUCUCAAACCUGAGCAAAACCAUGUUGAGUCAGGGCCCUCCUGGCUCACCCAAGUCCUUGUCUGCCUCGCAGAGCAGCGCGGCUCCAUGGGUCCUUCUUCGCAAAAGGAGAGGGCAUGCCAGCCCCUUAGCCAGUGGCCCCAGUAGCACCUUGGGACUGGCUGACAGCAGCAGCUCAACUUCUAAGUGCUCCCCUGUCAAAAGCCUGCCCUUCUCUCCCUCUCAGUUCUUAAACACGUCGUCCAAUCACGAAAAUCUGAACCUGGACAACCCUGCACUAACCUCCACACCAGUGUGUGGCCAUAAGAUGGCUGUUACCGCUCCAUUCCACAGGGAACAGACUUUCAAAACUCAGAAGGAAAAUCAUGUUUUCAGAACUCCUGCAAUCAAGAGGUCGAUAUUAGAGAGCUCUCCAAGAACACCCACUCCAUUCAAAAACGCACUUGCAGCUCAGGAAAUCAAAUAUGGUCCUUUGAAGAUGCUGCCUCAAACUCCGACUCAUCUUGUAGAAGAUCUGCAGGACGUUAUCAAGCAGGAGUCGGAGGAAUCUGCAAUAGUGGCAGGGCUACAUGAAAGUGGACCCCCUUUGCUGAAGAAAAUCAAACAAGAGGUGGAGUCUCCUACAGAUAAAACUGGAAAUUUUUUUUGCUCAAAUCACUGGGAAGGGGAAAACCUGAACACUCAGCUCUUUACACAUGCAGCUACCGUGGAAGAUGUGCCAAAUCUUCUUACCAGCUCAAUUUUAAAGAUGCCAGCGUCAGAAGAGGAGGGCAGUUUUCACAAAACAUUUCCUGUACCUAGGAACCGGCAGCUAGCUAGCCCUCUGCAGCAUCUGAACAACGCUUGGGAGUCGGCGUCUUGUGGGAAGACCGAGGACCAGAUGGCCUUGACUGACCAGGCGCGCAAGUACAUGGCCGCAUUCCCAACCCGGACUCUGGUGAUGUGAAAGGGCCGACGGACUUCUCCGGAGAAGCAUUAUGGUUGUCAAACACUCCUCGUUCGCUGGGAAGUCCCUGUUCCUCUGCACGAGGGCUUUUCGUGAAUGGGAGACGAGCCUAUCUUUGUUGUGGUACAACAGUUGGGAGAGCACGAAGUGCAUUUAGUCACUGAGCAUAUAUAUUCUUGUUGGAUUUCACCCAACUUAAGAGAAUUUUUUUUUUUUUGAGUGAAUGAACGAUACUUGCCUAAAUUAUUAGGUACUAAGUUUUAAUCAGUAAUUAACGAUCUUAAGUGCAGACUUACAAUACAGGCAAUUUUUUUGUACUUUCUAAGAUCAAGCAGACAUGAUACACCAGUAUUGUUAUUUCAGUGAUGUGCUAUCCAGGGGUGGGGUUUUCUUUGUUUCUUUUUUAUUUUUUUUUAAAUAACAGAGCAGGUACUCAAACAGAUGUAUUUUAAAUCACUGAACAAAAUGCAUUGGUGUAAAAUACUGAAGUAAAAAAGCAUUACUACACACGCUAGUCUGUGCAAAGGGGGAAAACUGAUCCAGUUCAUGAAUGCUCAGACGUCCAUGCUUCUUGAAAUACUCUUUUCAUUCUGUUUAUGGUUCUAGACCAUUAUACGUUGUGUGUUCCUGUUGGGGGGGUUUAAUUAGCUUGCUUUAAAAAAAUAUUACUGUAUGAAACAUAGAUUUAUAAGAAAAAUUAUAUUUUUAUUCAGUAAUUUAAUUUUGUAAAUUCCAAAUGAAUACUGUGUUUUGCUGCUAAAGACCUUAGCGUGUAGACAUGCUGCUAGUGUAAAAGGAGCAGUAGAGCUUUAUAUGGAAAGAAAAGAAAUGUUGAUGUUAGCUAAUUGACUAUGCACUAGCAUUUCAGACUUUUUUAUUUUAAUUUUUUUUACAUCAUUUACAUUUUUUCCCUUUUUUUUAUAAGCAAUAUUUUUGAACACUGUUCCUGGGAGAUUUUUUUUUUUUUAAUUGUCUCAAUGUGUGGUUUUGUUUCACAUUGGUUUGUAACAGUAUGUAUUGCACCUUCAUAUGUUUGGGAGAACACUGUCUUGUUCGUGUUGUCUGUUUCGUUCCAUGUCUAGCUAAUUGUUCCCUACCUUGGGUCUUAUGUACUGAAUCAGGUUCUUAGAAAUACAUGGUUCUUUGUACUGCCAUACCAAAUCUUUAUCAAUAUGGCAAAACACUGAUUUUAUUUUUUUUAAUUGUCCUUUUUUUUUUUUUUAUAACAGCCUUUGAAUUUGCUGCCUUAAUAGCAUUUGGUGCAGCUUCAUCUGCACUUAAUUUUUUUUAUACGACAAUGUACUGCCUUGUAGAUAAAUAAAGUGUGUUCUUUUUUACUUAAA